AUGAGGAACAGAUUUAAGCAUCAACGGCUUUAUCUCUCUCUCCCCUCUCCAUCACAGGUAUUCAUCUCCUUUCUCUCUCUCUCAUUUCAAUUUUUGAACUCUCUCUCUCUACCUUCAUCGGAGCCCAUCCCGUGCGACGCCGACGACCACCGACACCACCGACCACCUCCUCUCCUCUCACCCUCCUCUUUCGUCUCUCUCCCCUUGCAAGGUUCACAAGGGAAGGAUAAGAGGGUUCUUUUUGAUAACAAUGACUUGGUUUUGCAUGAAGGAUUUCUAGAGAUCAAUUCAUUUGGCCACUCAUUUAGGGACUAUGAUGCAAAGAGUGAAAGACAACAAACUGUUGAGGAAUUCUAUCGGGUGAACCACAUUAACCAAACAUAUGAUUUUGUUCACAAGGGGAGGAUAAGAGGGUUCUUUUUGAUAACAAUGACUUGGUUUUGCAUGAAGGAUUUCCAGUUCCAAAAUCUGUGCAAGAUACUGGGUUUGAUGCCCCAGAGAUCAAUUCAUUUGGCCACUCAUUUAGGGACUAUGAUGCAAAGAGUGAAAGACAACAAACUGUUGAGGAAUUCUAUCGAGUGAACCACAUUAACCAAACAUAUGAUUUUGUAAGUUCAUUAUUGUUCGAUAUGGAUUUCAAUUUUUUUUUUCAUUAUUGUUUUUGUUUUUAUAUGGGUUUUUGAAAACAAUGACAAAUUCAUAAACACACAUCUUUUCCAUUUUGGUGUGAAAACAUUCUUGAAAAAUUAAAAAAAAAAAAGUUUAGAACUGUUUCUUGAGAACAAUAUUUUCAAAAAUAGUUUGUCACACAAAUUUUUUUCAUUUUUCAUAGAUUUUGAAUAUAUUUUCAUAGAC